AUGGAGCGCUGGCCCUGGCCGUCGGGCGGCGCCUGGCUGCUCGUGGCUGCCCGUGCGCUGCUGCAGCUGCUGCGCGCAGACCUGCGUCUGGGCCGCCCGCUGCUGGCGGCGCUGGCGCUGCUGGCCGCGCUCGACUGGCUGUGCCAGCGCCUGCUGCCCCCGCUGGCCGCGCUCGCCGUGCUGGCCGCCGCCGGCUGGAUCGCGUUGUCCCGGCUGGCGCGCCCGCCGCGCCUGCCCGUGGCCACUCGCGCGGUGCUCAUCACCGGCUGUGACACUGGUUUUGGCAAGGAGACGGCCAAGAAGCUGGACACCAUGGGUUUCACAGUGCUGGCCACGGUGCUGCAGUUGGAGAGUCCCGGGGCCCUCGAGCUUCGCGCCUGCUGCUCCUCGCGCCUCAAGCUGCUGCAAAUGGACCUGACCAAGCCUGCAGACAUCAGCCGGGUGCUGGAGUUCACCAAGACCCACACCAGCAGCACCGGCUUGUGGGGCCUGGUCAACAAUGCCGGCCACAAUAAUGUCGUGGCCGACGUGGAGCUGUCCCCCGUGGACACUUUCCGCAGCUGCAUGGAGGUGAACUUCUUCGGCACGCUCGAGCUAACCAAGGGCCUCCUGCCGCUGCUGCGCCGUUCCCGGGGUCGCAUUGUGACCUUGGGCAGCCCAGCAGGAGACAUGCCGUACCCCUGCCUGGCAGCCUACGGCACCUCCAAAGCUGCCACGGUUCUGCUCAUGGACAUCUUCAGCAGUGAACUGCUGCCCUGGGGUGUCAAAGUCAGCGUCAUUCAGCCUGGCUGCUUCAGGACAGAAUCUGUGAGGAACGAGGGCCUCUGGGAGCAGCGCAAGGACCUGCUGCUGGCCAACCUGCCGCGGGAGCUCCUGCAGGCCUACGGCAAGGACUACAUCGAGCACUUGCACGGCCAGUUCCUGCACUCACUGCGCCUGGCCAUGCCCGACCUCAGCCCGGUUGUCGACGCCAUCACCGACGCGCUGCUGGCAGCCCAGCCCCGCCGCCGCUACUACCCGGGCCGAGGCGUGGGGCUUAUGUAUUUCAUCCACCACUACCUGCCCGAGGGCCUGCGGCGCCGCUUCCUGCAGACCUUCUUCAUCAACCCCUGUCUGCCGCGGGCGCUGCGCUCUGGCCAGCCCGGCCUGACCCAGGCCCAGGAUGCAGACCACGACCCGGAGCCAAACCCGGGCGGCCCUUCACCUGUGGUGGCCCGGUGAGCAGCGUGCACCGGCGAGGCCUGCUGCGCCAGCCAGGGCAGUCCCAGGGGUUCCCGGCAGCGCCCCUCCCUGAGGCCUGUGGACCUGCAAGUCAGCCCCGAGCCCGCAGGCCCCUCACUCAGCCCAGGGCCAACGCCCAGGCUGGGCUGGAUGAGACCAAGGCUGCUGCUUCCUGAGCCCAAACAGCCUCCUGGCCGCUGGGCUCCACAUGCAACUCAGCGGGUGGCUUGGGGGAGCCCACGCAGGACCCCCGCAACUGUGGGCAGGCCUGUCAGAUGGUGUUGCUGCCCAUUACGGAGUGACCGGGAAGAUGGGGGGAACCCCACCCUCAGGACUCUUUCUUGGCGUCAGUGCCUCAGUGCUGCGAUUUGAAGGGUGAACCUUGUUUCUUGAAUGGCUCAAGAAUGAAGGCCCCAGCGACACGACUCCGAGCCCCCGCUCCC